AAAGAGCUACUCUGAGCUCAGUCCACUGCUGUCUGCCUCGGGUCAGUGUGGACAAGACCGGACACCAAGCCCAGCUGGCCAGAGUGUGUUGCUCCUCUACUACCUGCUUAGUUUCAAUUAAGACAGUCCUCGUUCUCAAGGUGACGGACAUGAAGCGCUCCCUUGGACUGUGCUUGCUGGUGUGUUUCGGGAUGCUUGAUUUGGGCUCUGGGCUUCGCUGCUACAAGUGCUCAGAUUACACCGGACGCUGCCAAAACGUCCAGGAGUGCACGUAUGAAGACUCCUGUAUAUCUCUGAGUGAAAGAGGUGGGAAGACCAUCCGCCAGUGCAUCAGGUACACAGACUGCGAUAACUCCCGGCUCACCCAGAUGUUUCCAGCCAUCUCCGGCUUCACCUACCGGUGCUGCAGCAGCAACCUGUGCAACUCAGGCAAUGCUGUUACCACGGCAACACCUCUACUGGCUGUUGUGGGAUCCCUGCUGAGUGUUUGGUGGUGUUCAGUGUGAAUGAAUGGCAGCAAACUAACUGUGAGCUAGUUUCGUUUUUUUAGGAUAAUUACUGAUUUUGUUUAGAAAAAUUAAUUAAUGUAUUAACACAAGUGUGUUGGUGUUUGGUAUGGUCACGUGUGUGAAGUCUUCUCAGGUCAGGUUUUAAAGUCACAAUGAAAUGUGGUGGCUAAUAAGACCCAUGCAACAAUAAAUGAUCAAAAUGUCUUUUUUUAAAAAAAAAAAAAAAAAAGCAAUUAUCCAAAUAUAGGUUGCAUGCUGUCAUUUU